UGAGUUCGAUCCCCGGUACCGGUUUAAAAAAAAAAAAAAAAAAAAAAAAAACUGUGGCAGUUUCCAUUUUACACCUGGGACAAGGGAGGUCCUACCAGGCCAACACGUGUAGGAGGACCUGUGGCCCUGCGCCCUUUCUCUCCAGGGCAGCAGGUGCCCACCCUGCGCAGGCUGCCACAUCCCGGGCGACUCCUGCACCCUUCCUUCAGAAUGGCUCUGGCUCCCACGGGCCCGCUGCCCUGGAAUGCAGGCACUGCGAGGAGAGACUGGGGCUCCAUUUCAGCAGCUCCUCGGCUGCCUGGCACAUGGCAGGUCCCCAUUAAGGUGCAUCGCAAGCACGCCUGUAAUUCCAGUACUCCGAGGCUGGGGCAGCAGGAGCGCUUAUUCGAGCCCAGCCAGAGCAGUUUAGCAAGACAUUGCUUCAAAAAAGGAGUGCGAUGAAGCCUGGACUACAUACAUGGUGAAACCUUGUCUCAAAAAACAACCAAACGAGGAAAGCCUGUGCUGCGUGGGAGAAACUCUCACCAUUGGGCAUCAGACACUUCAGCAGGAGCGAAGUGACCGCUUGCUGGCUGAAAGCCCCUUUGCCGAGGUCCGCGCCACACGCCCACCCGAAUCCCGAUCCCACUGAGCUGCUGGAGCGCACCGGGCAGUCCGCGCUGCCACUCAAGGACUGGCACGGCGCAAGAGUGUGGGGUGGUGCCGGGGGCGGAGCAGCUCUUGGCCCCGCCCCUGGGCGCGGGUUUAAAAAGGGGUGAAGCGGCAGCAAGAGCUGCAGCGGGAGUCUUCGAGGUUUGGGGUGCGCUAUGACUAGGUUGACGCGGGGCACGCGGCUGCUGGGCGGCUUCCUUCUCUGGGCGCUGCUGUCUGCCAGCGUCGCUCCGUUCAGCUGGGACCUCCCAGAGUCCCGCAGCCGCGCGGGCAAGAUCCGCGUGCACCCGCGAGGCAACCUCUGGGCCACCGGUCACUUCAUGGGCAAAAAGAGCCUGGAGCCCCUCAGCCCAUCCCCAACAGGGACAGCGCCCCACACCUUCCCAAGGGACCAGGAGCUGCAGCUGAGUCAUGAUCUGCUCAGGAGCCUUCUGCUGAGGAGAGCCCUGGGCCUGAGCAGCCCAGCACCCCACACCCAGCUUGGUCAUUCUUUGUGUGGAGCUGCCCUGUGUGUUGAGGACAUUGAGAGCACCCCACUCUCUAUUCAUCAGAUGCCACUAGCACCUUCCCUUUCCUCCUUAAGUCAUGACAUUCAAAGUUGACUCCAAGCCAGGAGGCUGCUGAUGCACCUGCCACAGAAGUGACACCUGGAACAGGCGGGCGCCGCUCGGUUGGAUUGCGCCCACCUCGCCCACCUCAGGAGGUGGCUGAAUACGUCCCGGGAGCGGCCCCGUCUAGACGCAAAUCCCGGACUCGGUCACUAUGAUUUCUGGCCGGGUCGCCAGGAAUAUCGCGGAUGCAGACACAAAAGUAUACUCGUGCUGUUACUUCUUGCUUCCCUGAUGAAGUUGUGAAUAAAGCCCUGCUCUUUACCGAAA